AACACUGGUUUCGAAUUCGAAAAAUGAAAAAACGUCCAGCCGAAAUAGAUUUUUAUAAAAUUUGGAAUUUACUAUUCGUUUCAUUCCUAAUCGUUGUCAUACUGUACUUCAUCUUCUUCUAAAUCUACCAAAACUUUGCCAUAAAAUCGAAUUCUAAAACGCCAAAUCGACUGCUGUUUCAUUACACCAUCAACCCAACUCUACGUCUAACCCUCAUCGAAUUAAUCCUCAGAAUGAGCUGUCACCGAUUAAUUUUACCUUUAAGAGUUCUUCAAAGAGUUCACAGAUGUUCUCUUCGUGAUAUAAAACUACCCAUAAAAACUUUCACUACUGCUUCUUCGUGUCCUUACGAAACAACUGCUAGUACCGGUAUCCUCAAGUUACUAGACAUUAGUACUUUCCAAGUCCGUACAUAUGCCAAAAGUCGAGAUAAACCCAAAGGAGGCGGAGGUAAGAAGGUCGAAAUCCGAGAUGACAUCAUGGCCGAAGGUAUUAACGUUGAUAAAUUCAGGAAUGAAUUGCAACAAACCCUAGAUGAUUUAAAGAACCUGUUUAUUAAGCAGUUAUCUAUAAGAUCGGCGGCAGGUGUGAUCGAAACUUUACUAGUCGAAUUCGAAGGUGAAGAAUACACGAUUCAAGAUUUAGCUCAGAUUAAUCGUAAAAAUCCUAAAGUUUUAGUACUGAAUUUAGCAUCUUUUCCGCAAACUAUUCCUACCGUAAUCGAAACCAUUAGUAAAAGUGGAAUGAAUUUAAAUCCGCAACAAGAAGGCACGUCUGUGUUCGUUCCGAUUCCAAAAGUCACUCGUGAGCAUCGAGAAAACUUGGUCAAAGGUGCUAAAACUUUACUCAAUAAAUGCAAGGAUAAUAUUCGACAAGUUCAGAACAAAUAUAUCAAGAAAUUAGAUCAGAAACAACUCGAAGGUUUAUCUCAAGAUAAAGCGUUUCUUAUCAAGGAACAGAUUAUGGUUUUAGCUAAUCAAUAUAUGUCGUUAGCUGAGAAGAUGAAAGAUGAUAAGCAAAAGGAAUUAAUGAAAGAAGAAUAAAUAAUUAUAUUUCUGUACAAAGUUUAAUUAAACAGUUAUUUAAGAAAGUUUCUAUAAAAAAAAUUAAUUAAUGAAAUUAUACAAUUUUUUGUUACAUUCUA